CUUUGCCUAGCAUCCCUUUUUUGGGAGGUAGCAGUUAAUAUGUAAUCAGAUAUGGGCCUAUAUUAAUAUUGCUUUUGAAGAUGCACUGCAGAAUAGUACACUUAGACCAGCCCCCUGCACAUGCACUGGAAGCUGACCUGAAGAAAACUUUGCGAGUCGGGCUACACACAAGAAAUACAGAAUGAACAGCAACGUGGUUAAUGUAGAGACCAGAAACAUGGAACCCCAGGCAGGCUCGGUGCUCUACAUCGACAUAUUUGUAGACGAAAGCGAUCUGAAAAGCUGUGUUGUUUCUUUGCUAAAGAAACUGCGGCCCCAUUGGAAACAUACGGAUAUUAAACUGAAGUUUUUUACUGAAGGCAUCACAAACAUGCUCAUAGGCUGCUACACAGACGAAUCAAUGGAAGACAUUAUCCUGGUCCGGGUGUACGGCAAAAAGACUGAACUCUUUGUAGAUCGAGAAAAUGAAGUGAGAAAUUUCCGAAUUCUUCAUUCGCACAGCUGUGGGCCAGAGCUCUACUGUACUUUUCAGAAUGGCAUUUGCUAUGAAUUCGUGAAGGGCACUGUCCUGGACAAAUGGCUGGUGAGAGAGCCAACCAUAUACAGAUUAGUUGCAAUGGAAAUGGCAAGAAUCCAUUCUAUUAAGCCUGAAAAUGGACAUCCCGUCAAACCAGUUCUAUGGAAGAAGCUCUCCACAUACCUGAGUUUAAUUAAUGCCAGUAUGAUUGAUUCAAGAGUAAGCGAGUGGUUUCAGAGAGAAGUUCCCAGCUUCGACAUCAUUGCUAGUGAAAUUGAAGCGCUCAAAAAGCAACUUUCUGAAAUUAAAUCCCCAGCGGUCCUGUGUCAUAAUGAUCUUCUGUGUAAAAACAUAAUCUACAAUAAAGCUAAAGGUUUUGUAAAGUUCAUUGACUAUGAAUAUUCUGGAUGCAACUACCAGGCAUACGACAUUGGCAAUCACUUCAAUGAAUUUGCAGGUGUGAGUGAUGUAAACUACAAACUUUACCCAAGUCAAGAGCUGCAGAGAGACUGGCUGGCUACCUACUUAGAGACCUACAAGCAAUGCAAUAGCAUGGAACCUACCGUGACUGACCUAGAAGUGAAUAAACUCUAUGUGCAAGUGUGCAAAUAUGCUUUGGUUUCACACUUUUCCUGGGGCCUCUGGGCUCUUCUCCAGUCCAGAUACUCCACGAUUGAUUUUGAUUUCCUGACGUAUGCAGUGUCGCGUUUCAACUACUACUUUAAGAAGAAGAAUGAAACCCUAGCAAUGCAAUUCCCAUAAAGAUAUCCACAAUGAAUUUGUUCCUAAUGUCUGACUGGAAAAUUGAUUUGAACAACAACAAAACUGAUUUAGUUGCUGCUGAUGUAAAAAAAAAAAAAAAAAAAAAAAGUAUUCGAUGUAACGCAUUUUACAAAGUCUUUGAAAUGUAUCUUUAGUGAAACUAUGUUGGGACUACUAUGCAACACUGGUUUUAAAAAGGUGGUAUAGCAAAUUAUAUGAUUACAUAAAUUUUAUCCAUUUUGCAUUCCAUUCUCUAUGUAGGUUUCUUAAGUUUCAAAAGUAACACGUUACAACAAAUUAUAUUUGGUACCCAACUAGGUUAAUGAAAGCUCCCUGUUUAGGUAGACUGAUACUGUUUCCCUUCACCUCAUUUCCCCUGUCUUUGGUGUCAGUCUUUCACUGGCUGCAGAGCAUGUCAGUUAUUAGGGGAAGUAGCGGUUUCUUUAAUGAUAGAAAAGGCGGCAUGGAAUGCGUGGGGAAACUGUCAAAUCACUCGGUAAAAUGACCAAAGGAAGUGAAACACUACAUUAUCCUGCAAGAAGGCGUUGAAUUUGCAGGACAACUGCACUUUACAGGUGAAAUUUCUUUAGCCAUGCAUUACCAGAUAUAAUAUCUAUCUAUAAUAAAAUGGAAGUGCAUGACAAUUACUGUGUUUGCUACAAAACUGGUUGGUAAUGGUGGGAAUGUUAAAUUGUUCAACCCAAUAAGAUAAAUACAUUUCUUAAUGUAUUCUUAUAUCUAUUCCCAAGCUUUUAUGUGUUAUAAAUAAAUAAACAAACAUUAUAAUUUUGUAUUUUUUAAUGGAAAUCAUAUCAGUUGUAAUAACCUGAAGUUGAAUUUGACAUACGUUUUUGCUUAAUGGCUUGGCUAAAUGUUUAGAAUGUUUUAGGCCACAAUUUAAAAAAAAAAAAAAAGAAACUUAUUUGGCAAAUUCAAUCGCUUUUUAAGCCAA